GGGAAUAGUAAAUUUAAAAUUUCAGACUAUGGCUACAGACAUCAACAGACUUUAGUAAUUUUUCUUUGCCUGUCAACCGCAUACAGCAUGCGAGCCUGCAUGGGCGUGGCAUUGGUGGAAAUGAUUGACGAUAACCUCAAAGCUACUACGAAAGUUACCUCAAAUGUCACUAAACUCAGCGAUACAGCAUUUGAUGAGACACAUGUUAAUUCCGGUAACACUACACAAUUUCCGAUAUUUGAAAAUUAUAAUGAUACCGAUAUUGAAUUCAAUAAACUUGAAGAAAAUAAAACAGUUGCAAAUUUCACUGAGAGCAAAGAGUUCAAGGUCAACGGAUUUUUCAGUGCUUUACUCUUGGCGUCACCUUAUCCCAAGUUUUAUUGGAAUAAAAAGCUUCAAGACACAGUCCAGUCAUCAUUCUUUUGGGGCUACAUGAUAAUGCAAAUACCAGGCGGCCAAUUAGUUCACAUGUUUGGGGCUCGACGUUUCUUAACUGCAGCUUUGGGUGUCAACAGCUUAGUGUCAUUUACCUUUCCAUGGAUUGCAUACUAUGGUGGUUGGAUUUGUGCAAUGAUCUGCAGGCUUUUGCAAGGAUUAACUCAAGCUUGUAUUGUGCCUGGCAUACACUCUUUCUUCGGCAAAUGGGCACCGUUAGAAGAAAGGGCAAGAUUGGUUGGGUUUGCUCAAGGGGGUCAGGCAUUGGGCUUGGUAAUCGGCUUACCAAUAACUGGCUUCAUCGCCGCGUCGCCCGUGGGCUGGCCAGGUAUCUUUCGCUUCUACGGCAUCCUGUCCGGCCUGUGCGCUUGUGUUGUCUUCUACUUUAUUGCGGACACUCCUGCGCAACAUCCGAAAAUAUCUGCCUCAGAAAGACAGUAUAUCGAGGAAGGCAUAGGAAUAAAGGCCGGCGCGAAAAAAAUGCCAAUUCCCUGGGCAAAAAUAUUACGCAGUCGUGCUGUUUAUGCGAUGAUUUUUGCUCACUAUGGUCAAUCAUACGGACAAAUCACGUUGUUCACCGAAGUACCGUCGUUUAUGGCAAAAGUCAUGCACGUCGAUAUUAAAGCUAAUGGCCUGUUAACAGCCCUUCCCUUUCUGAUGAUGUGGUUCUCGAGCUUCUUUUUCAAUUGGUUUACGGACAUGAUCAUCAUCAAGAAAUACCUGAGCGUCACUAACGCGAGGAAACUUGCAAACUUCAUUGGCUGCGUCCCUGCAUCAAUAGGCUUUGUUGCCUUGGCAUACGCUCCGAAAAACAUUUACGUUGUCGAGUCUUUACUUGUCUUCAUCUGCGCGACUAAGAUUGCCUCUCAGGUUGGCUUUAUGUUGAAUCACAUAGACUUGACGCCGAACUUUGCGGGGACAACUAUGAGCUUGAGCAACUUUGUCGCCAACUGCGUGGGCUCCCAGGCACCGAUAGUGGCUGGAUUCAUCCUCACAGAUGUCACAAGCGAACAACAAUGGCGUUACGUAUUCUUUGUCGCCGCCGCGCUCUACUUGAUGUCAAACCUGGUGUACAUGAUCCUCGGCUCAGCCGAGAAAGCGGACUGGAACGACCCACCCAUCGAGGUGAACAACGAUAUUGAGAUGGUCAGGCAAGAGACGGAGCCUAUGAUUAAAAAUCCAGAUGAGAAGAAGCUUUAAAGGAAUGUUUCCGGAGUAUAAUCUCAAAGAUCUAUAUAAGCUUGUGAUUAAUUCACGAACUUAGGAUUUUUUUUAAAUUAGGUUAUAUUGUAGUGGUUACUUUGUAAAAUAAACUCUUUAUUAAAAUUCAUUUCUUCUUCAUUAUGUUUUUGUAUAUUACAGUUUUAGAUGUAAUGCUCAAUAGUCUAAU